CAACUGAUAACGAGCUGGUCGGCGAAGCGGAAGAAUUAAAUAUUAUUAUUAAUUUAAUUCUCUCUCGAGCAGGGAGCCAGAGAUAAGAAGAAAUGACGAGCAAAGCCGCGAUCCUGCUCCUGGCAAUGGGACAUCUCAUGGUUGCCCCAGGCCUUGCGAAACCUGAGUUUUGCGAGUGUCUGGCGCCCACCUACAUGACCCGCUUCAGUGCCAAGCUCUUCCAGGAAAUCAUAAGAUGGCAAAGUCAGCUUUACAACGUUGUCUUCUCGCCCUUCACCGUGCACUCCACGCUGGCGCUGAUCUAUCGGGCAUCGGAAGGGGAAACCUUCGAGGAAGUGCAGCAAGUUGGCCAGUUCGACAAGCAGCCGGUGUUCGUGGCCCUGGAUUUCGAGCGACUGAUCAAGUUCAAGGAGCACCUGCAGGGUGCCCGGCUAACUUCCUUCUCCAGAGUCUUCUACAACCAGCAGUUGGGUGGCGUCAAUUCCAGGUACGACGAGUUCUCCAAGUUCUUUUUUGACAUCGCCACGGAGCCCGUGGACAUGGAUGGUGGCCAGGACACGGCCAACAGGAUCAACGACUGGCUUCGGAGGGUUGGUGUCAUGGCAUACGUCUCACCCCACGACAUUACACCCAGCGGAAAAUCAUCCGCCCAGAUGCAGGCGCUACUGGUGAGCACGGGCUAUUUCCGGGGCCACUGGGAGCACAAGUUCGGCUUGGACAACACACGGUCAUCCAACUUCCACCACGCCAACGGCGCAGCAUCCAGUGUCCGAAUGAUGUACAACCACGAUGUCUAUGCCCUAGCCGAUCUACCCGAGCUGGAGGCCACCGCCCUGGAACUGGCCUUCGAUGAGAGUGCCACCAGCUUGCUGAUCCUGCUGCCCAAUCGGCCGAAUGGACUGGCCCACCUCGAGCAGCAGUUGGCCCGGCCGGAGUUCGACCUGAACCGGAUCGCCAGCCGCCUGCACCGCCAGUCGGUCACCGUGGGUCUGCCCCGGAUGCGGUUCGGUUCCCAGUGCAACAUGACCAAUCCUCUCAAGCGGCUGGGUCUCCGAAAGAUGUUCACGGCCAGCUCGGGGGUUACCAAACUGGUCGAUCAGCCGGUGCGCAUGGACAAAUUCCUGUACAGAAGCUUCUUCAGUUUGACGGAGGGCGGAACAGGACAUGUGAACCUUCUUAAUGGCAAGCCACUGCCUGCCAAGGCCAAGGAGGUCGUCGCCAACCGGCCGUUCUUCUUUGCCAUCCGCACGCCCAAAACGGUGCUCUUCAUGGGCCAUGUGCUGAAUCCUAGAUAGUUAGACCAAUUGAAUAAAUUAAAGUUAAUUUUUAAGAUUCUAAAAAUAUUUGAAUAAACUCCUCCCUUUUUUAUUCUUAAACGUGACCAUUAAACAUGGCGAACUAUUUAUGGCAAGCAGUUAUGCCGAAAUAAAAUGCGUUUAAUUCGCUUCAUAAAUUGCUUACAAUCGGAAAUUACUCAUUUGGAAGUCAAGCAUACAUAUAUUUUAUGAUCGAGCCACUUAGGCACUGGAAGUGAUUGAAAAAUAUUCCGAAAAUGAACAGCCAGUGUGAGAAAUAUUUUUCGGGCAAUUAAAAAGCGUUUGCAAAUAUUUGUACGAUUUAGCAAGUUGUGAAUUAGUGAAUUGGCUGACUGCUCACCCUCUCUCGUUUAUAUAUAAAUAUAUCUGGAUAAUCCAUCUCGGCGCA